CAUAGGAGGAGGGGAUGUAGCCAAGCUUAACGAAUAAGCUUUACAUCUUUUUGCAUUGCUGCCAAUUCAGAAUUAAAGGCCUACCCAUGAAGAUGCUUCACGCAAGCAAGUAGACAAGGUUAGAGAAUUUAUACACAAUUUAGAAAGAGAGAGAGAGGGGGGAGAGAGAAAGAGAGAGAUUGUUGCUAUAGCAAUGGAGCGCUUUGAGAUAUUGAAGGAUAUUGGGUCUGGGAAUUUUGGGGUUGCAAAACUGGUUAAGGACAAAUGGAGUGGGGAGCUCUAUGCUGUGAAGUUUAUUGAAAGAGGGCUGAAGAUUGAUGAGCAUGUACAGAGGGAGAUUAUGAACCACAGGUCCUUGAAGCAUCCCAAUAUAAUAAGAUUUAAAGAGGUCUUGUUAACACCAACCGACUUGGCCAUUGUCAUGGAAUAUGCAGCUGGAGGAGAACUUUUUGAAAGAAUAUGCACUGCUGGUAGAUUCAGUGAGGACGAGGCAAGGUAUUUCUUUCAACAGCUGAUUUCAGGAGUCAGUUAUUGCCACUCAAUGCAAAUUUGCCACAGAGAUCUUAAAUUGGAGAACACACUUCUAGAUGGAAGCUCAGCACCACGUCUCAAAAUUUGCGAUUUUGGUUAUUCCAAGUCAUCUGUGUUGCAUUCCCAACCCAAAUCAACUGUUGGAACACCGGCCUACAUUGCACCAGAGGUCCUGUCAAGAAAAGAGUAUGAUGGGAAGAUUGCGGAUGUUUGGUCAUGUGGGGUUACUUUGUAUGUGAUGCUUGUGGGUGCUUAUCCCUUUGAAGAUCCAGAAGAUCCAAGAAACUUCAGAAAAACACUCCAGCGGAUUCUUAGUGUCCACUACUCCAUUCCUGACUAUGUACGCGUUUCCAUGGAAUGUAGACAUCUCCUUUCUCGAAUUUUCGUUGCUAACCCCGAAAAGAGAAUAACCAUCCCAGAAAUAAAGCAGCACCCCUGGUUUCUGAAAAAUAUACCAGUAGAAUUCAUGGAAGAAAACAACCUGCAAAGCAGCAAUCAAAACCAUGAACAACAAUCAUCCCAGAGCAUUGAAGAGAUUUUAGCAAUAAUUCAAGAAGCUCGAAAAGCUGCAAACGGUGCCAAAAUUGGCGGGCUUUUACUGGGAAGUAUGGAUCUUGAUGAGAUAGAUGAUGCUGACAUAGAUGACAUAGAGACAAGUGGUGAUUUUGUUUGCGCAUUAUGAGUGUCAAGUUCAUAUCACAUACAGCUUUGCACCUUGCAGCUGCGGGCCAAAUGCCAUUUCCAAAAAGCAGUUGGAGAUAAGGCAUUUUUUCCCUUCUUCUUUUUCAUGUGAUGUUGGGGAAUCAAACUGUCUCUUUUAAAGAGUGAUGGUUAUUUUCCCUUGCUUGGAAGCUUGCUGUCUUAGUCUCUGUGUGAAGUGGCAUUAUUUCCAUUAUAGGGUAUUUAUUGGCUGUUGCUUCUCAUAUUUGUAAUUUGCAAAAUUCUCAUAAUGUUCAGCUUCUUUUUAUAAUCUUA